AUGACAGACUACUCUGAAACAACCUCCUGGACGUCUUUUUUGAAAUCUGUAUCCUCAUUUUCUGGUGAUUUAUCUGCCUUUACUGCUCCACCUUUUAUUCUUUCACCAGUUUCGUUAUCAGAAUUCUCACAAUACUGGGGGACAUAUCAAGAUUUGUUUCUAGCGAUUGCCCAAAUAAAUAAACAUAACCACGAAGCUUUUUUCCCUCAGAUUAGAUCAGUCAAAUCACCAAAUGUAACAAGAAUGUUAGCUGUAUUACAAUGGUAUUUAGCCACUUUGAAAUGCCAAUAUACAUCUCGUACCCAAGGAGACCGCUUUGAAAAAAAACCCUUAAAUCCGUUUCUUGGAGAAUUAUUUGUUGGUAAAUGGGAAAAUGAUGGAUCAAAAAAGGAUGACACUAUUUUAUUAACAGAGCAAGUAUCACAUCAUCCACCAGUUAAUGCCUUUUCUAUUUUUAAUGAGGAUCAUAAUAUUCGCAUUCAAGGGUACACUCAAAUAAAAUCAUCCUUUUCAAAGACUCUAAAACUAAAUAUUAGACAAAACGGUCACGCCAUCCUGGAGACUAAUGGUCACUCAUUUCUCAUAACAUUACCAGCACUACAUUUGGAAGGUAUCAUUGUUGCAAGACCAUAUGUAGAAUUAGAAGAUAGUUCAUAUAUCCAAUCAUCUGAUGGUAUGAUAUGGAAGAUUGAUUAUUCUGGUAAGGGUUAUUUUUCAGGUCAAAAAAACUCUUUUAGUGCAUACUUAUACAAAAAUACCGCUGCAAUGGAGAAACGUGAUAAACCCUUGUUCACAGUAAGUGGACAAUGGUCUGGUGUCUCCACAAUUACUGAUGGCAAUAAAGAAGUAUUAUUUAGUGAUGUUUCCAAAUAUAAACCACAUUCGUUACGUGUAAAACCAAUAUCUGAACAACAUUGUUUAGAAAGUCGAAAAGCUUGGGAUGAUGUUGCUAGAGCUAUUGAAUUAGGUGAUAUGAAAUUAAUUUCACAAACUAAAAGUAAGCUAGAGAAUGAACAAAGACAAUUAAGGAAAAAGGAAGAAGCGGGAAACACACCUUGGCAGAAUAGAUGGUUUGAAAAGAUCGAUAUAAUCGAGGAGCAGAUACAACCUGACUUGAAUGGUAAUACAUAUAACAAAUUAGUUGCAUUAUCCAAAAUGGCAGGUCUAUCAACUAAAAAUAUCCAAAGCGGUCAAAAGUUAGGGAGUAGAGAACAUAGAAAAUGUAACACAGCAUUACAUUGGGCUUUUAUUCAAGAUAAAUGGUUGCAGGAGGAAGAUAUCAAAGUAUAG